UCGCUUUCAGUCUGCAUUUUCUUGGGGAGACCAGACGAUCGUCGCGUCAGAGAAUGAAAAUUCUCUCUCCAAAGAGAAGACUUCGAAGACCUGUAGAGAUUUUGAAGAGACAAACACAGCAAGCGAGAGAGAGAAAAAUUUGAUCACGCCCUCCUUACGCCACUCCUCUCUCGAUCCAAUCUGUGGCCAAAACAAUACCGUAAGAGAGAGAGUUUUCCUUCCAAGUCGAAUCUACUUAUUACAUAUUUUGGAGCCACAAGAGUCUGAAAGGAACUUUAGAUUUUAAUGGCACGGGCCAGAUCUUCAAGCAGUCGAUGGAGAUAUCUUCACCCAUCGUAUUAUCUGAAGCGACCAACGCGUCUAGCGUUACUCUUCAUUGCCUUCGUCUGUGUCACCUUAGUUUUCUGGGAUCGUCAAACCCUAACCAGAGAGCACGAGAUGGAGGUUUCCAAAUUAAAUGAAGAACUUACCAAAUUGCGAAAUCAGCUGCAGGAUUUGAAGAACUAUGGAGGAGAUGUGAGUGAAAAUGCCAAAAGCGAUACCAAGUGGAAGAUGGCUGCUGAGGAUGAUCCUCUGGAUGUUCAAAGAAGAGAAAAAGUUAAAGAAGCCAUGCUUCAUGCAUGGGCAUCUUAUGAGAAAUAUGCAUGGGGCCAAGAUGAACUUCAGCCACAAACAAAGAAUGGUGUCAAUAGUUUUGGUGGUCUUGGUGCAACUAUAGUUGACUCCCUUGACACAUUAUUCAUAAUGGGUCUGAAGGAGCAGUUUCAGAAAGCUAAAGAGUGGGUCACAAAUUCAUUGGAUUUUAACAAAGAUUAUGAGGCUAGUGUUUUCGAGACAACCAUAAGAAUUGUUGGAGGACUUCUUAGUGCUUACGAUCUCUCCGAGGACAGAGUUUUCCUUGAAAAGGCUAGAGAUAUUGCAGAUAGAUUGUUGCCUGCAUGGGAUACACCUUCUGGGAUCCCUUAUAACAGGAUUAAUUUGUUACAAGGAAAUCCACAUAACCCUGGAUGGACGGGGGGUGAGAGCAUCCUGGCGGAUUCUGGCACAGAGCAGCUAGAAUUUAUUGCUCUAUCUCAAAGGACAGGUGACCCCAAGUACCAGCAGAAGGUGGAGAAUGUUAUCACAGAGCUUAACAAAAACUUCCCAGCCGAUGGUCUGCUUCCUAUUUAUAUUAAUCCUCAUACAGGGAGAACAUCAUAUUCGACCAUUACAUUUGGUGCCAUGGGUGAUAGCUUCUAUGAGUACCUACUCAAAGCCUGGAUACAAGGAAACAAAACUGAAGCUGUAAGUCAUUAUAGAGAAAUGUGGGAGACAUCAAUGAAAGGUCUGGUGAGCUUAACCCGGAAAACGACACCAUCAUCCUUCACGUACAUAUGUGAGAAGACUGGGGAGUCUGUGAGUCCCAAGAUGGAUGAAUUAGCAUGCUUUGCUCCAGGAAUGCUUGCUUUGGGAUCAUCUGGGUAUGGCCCGGGAGAAGCUCAAAAACUUCUCACACUUGCAGAAGAGCUUGCUUGGACUUGCUAUAACUUCUACCAGUCAACGCCAACAAAACUGGCUGGAGAGAACUAUUUCUUUCAUGAUGGACAUGACAUGAGUGUGGGUACAUCUUGGAACAUUUUGAGGCCAGAGACUGUGGAAUCACUCUUUUAUCUUUGGCGUCUCACUGGUAACAAGACAUACCAAGAAUGGGGUUGGAACAUAUUCCAAGCAUUUGAAAAGAACUCCCGCAUAGAAUCUGGAUAUGUUGGUCUAAAGGAUGUAAAUUCCGGUGUUCAAGACAAUAUGAUGCAAAGCUUCUUUCUGGCAGAGACACUGAAAUAUCUCUACCUCCUGUUCUCACCAGACUCGGUUAUAUCUUUUGAUGAGUGGGUGUUCAAUACAGAAGCCCACCCCCUGAAAAUUGUGACUCGGCAAGAUCGAGCACAGGAUUCUAGAGGAUUUGAUGGACAGCAGAAACUGCCACUUAGGUUCCGUGGGAGGAAGGAAGGUCGAACAGGAGGAUGAUUAGGAUCCAUCAUCUCAGCAGUUUAGCUUAAUCCUCUUUAUUCCCUCUCCUGUUCUCUCUCUCGCUCGUUUUCUUUUAAUAUUUAAUUUGCAGGUUAUGCAACAUACCUUGUAGAUUAUCACAUUUUUUUCUCUAAUGGGACAUGAGAAUCCGAGAUUGUAGAAUUGUUACUUUCUCAUAUAAUUGAUACAAAAUGGAGGCAUUCGCAGUGAGAA